CCGGAAAUGACGUAAUGUUGUUGUUAUUCCAGGAAGAGGGCACGGGAAAGCACUGAACUGCGUCAACAAUUAUUUUGAUGAUAGAUUUGGUUUUCGGCGAGAUUUCAACAUGGCAGCAAGCCGGUGCUGAGUAAUUUAUGGCACUGUUCCUGGACGGGACUUUUGUCGGCAACAACAUGGACACAUCAAACUUUGCCCACGUGAUCUUUCAGAAUGUGGGGAAGAGCUACCUGCCCCAUGCUGCACUGGAGUGUCAUUACACCCUCACACAGUUCAUUAAACCACAUCAGAAGGACUGGGUUGGCAUAUUCAAGGUAGGUUGGAGCACAGCAAGGGACUAUUACACAUUCUUGUGGUCGCCUCUCCCUGAGAACUACGUGGAAGGCACCGCAGUCAACAGAGCUGUGGUGUUUCAGGGAUAUUAUGUGCCCAACGACGACGGUGAGUUCUACCAGUUCUGUUAUGUGACUCACAAAGGAGAGAUCCGGGGCGCCAGCACACCAUUCCAGUUUCGUGCCAACAGCCCUUCAGAGGACGAGCUGCUGACUGUGGAGGAUGAGUGCAACUCUGAUAUUCUGGUGGUCACCACCAAGGCGGGCUUCCUGGAGCAAAAGAUGGAAGAAGCCCAGAGAGAGAAAGAGGAGCUGGUCAAAAACAUGGCGCUCCUCCAGCAAGAGAAGGAGCAGCUGGAAGGGGAGAAGGAGAACCUUCUGAAGGAGUGUGAGCAGGAGAAGGAGACCUGCGCCCAGCUGAGACGAGAGAACCAAGAGGUGCAGAAUUCCUCCCAGGCCCUGCAAGAGGAGAGGGAGGAGGUGAAGAGGCGGCUUGAGGAGGCCACAGCCCGGGUCUUGCAGCUGGAGGAGGACCUGAUUGGAGUCACCCAAAAAGGCUUGCAGAAGGAAACUGAACUAGACAGUCUGAAGGAUAGGGUGAAGAAACUCACAGCUGAGAAGGAGGCCCUUGAUUCUCAUCUAAAGAAUGAGAGAGACGAGAAGGAACUCUACAAGAUUCACCUGAAGAACCGGGAGCUGGAGAACACUAAGCUGAGUGCGGAGCUGCAGAUGCUGAAGUCUGUGGAUGUGAACAAGGAGAACACCAUCGCCCAGUUUAAAGAGGAGGUGGGACGCCUGCAGGCUUGCCUCACCGAGAAGGAGAAGCAGCACAGAGAGGUUCUGGCCAAAGUCUCUCCCUUGGGAGAUAUGAAGGCACUGAAGGAGCAGCUGCGGCAGAAGGAGGAGCAGCUCCAGGCCACCCAGCAGCAGUCCUCCAUGUUGGCCGCCGAGCUGAGGGACGUGUCGAGCGCCCGUGACCGCAGCAUGUCCGACCUGUACCGCAUGAGGCUGGAGGCUGAUUCCCUACGCCAGGCCAAGACUGAAGCUCAGGCCCAGUGCCUCCGGCUGGAGCGCCUGGUGGAGCAGAUGAAAGCAGAGGCCAAGCAGGAAGCACAUGCCAAGGCAGAGGAAGAAGCUGCUGCAGACCCAGCCAUUGUAGCAGAGCUGCAGAGAGAGGUGGAGGACCUGAAGCUGCGGCUGCACAUGGCCGCAGAACACUACAAGGAGAAGUACAAGGAAUGUCAGCGACUGCAAAGACAAGUGGCCAAGCUCUCUGAGCAGCAGGGGGAGCAGAAGAAGAGCUCAGCAGCAGAGGCCAUAACAGUCCCUGCAUCAGUGAGUCCAGACACAUCUGUGCCAGGGAGCCCUGGUGCCCCAGAUCCCAUGCUGGAGGCCAUCAUCCAGGAGAAACUCAAAGGCAUCAGCAGAGAGUCAUCUGACAGGAGUGACAAGUACAAGAAAUGCAAACAGAUGCUGAUGGAAGAGAAGGAGCGUAGCUGCAUGUUUGCUGAUGAGCUGGCCAAGAUGGAGGUGAAACUGAAGGAGCAACUGAAGACCAAUGAGAAUCUGAAGCUGCAGCUGGCAGCAGAGGAGGACCGCUACAAGAGCCAGGUGGCUGAGAAGGGGCGGGAGCUGAAGGAGCUGAAGGACACUUUAGCACUUCUUGUGAAAGAGAAGGAAAAACUGGAGGGGGAGCUCCAGAAGGGCAGCGGCAGAAAGGCGGAUCAGGUGGGUGGUGAGAAAACCAGCCUGGAGAGCAUCCAAUCAAGUGUGCCUGUAUUCCUGCAGUAUCCUGUCCCAUACACCCAGGAUGCCCCCACCCCUCUGCUCCUCUCUCAGAGCCCCACCGAGCUGCAUUUUGGGAACCCUUACUCCAUCUCAGACUCAAAAGAUGAGGGUGAUGAGGAAUUCUCCGACGACCAGCUGCUCAGGCUGCCCCCUGUAGGCCCACCCUCCUGGGACAGCAAUGUGGUGUGUAUCCAGCCCACCCGCAACCACAGCCGGCCUGAUGGUCAUGAGGAGUCCGAGGAACAGCAAAAUAACAACAAUGGUAAUACCAAUGAACAGCCCGCAGCAAAUGAAGCUCACAGCCCAUACAUGAAUGAUGGACAAACUGCCUUUUGCUUUGAUCCCAGCAUGGACAUGAAACGAUGUCCGUUGUGUGAGGUGAUCUUCCCACCCAACUACGACCAGAGCAAGUUCGAGGAGCACGUGGAGAGCCACUGGAAAAUCUGCCCCAUGUGCAGCGAGCAGUUCCCACUGGACUGCGAGCAGAAGGCCUUUGAGAACCACGUGCUCACUCACUUUGACGGCCACCCGCUUAACUUCGACUAGACAAAUGGAUGUGGAGAGUCAACCCAUCCGGUCCGCCUACUUCCUGUCACCACUGAAACAAAUCACUCUGCACUCUUUUCCGCAUGUAAUGGUGUGAAGAUCCACUCUUUAGGACUGUUAUUGACUUUCGCUUCAUAACUUCAACUUAGAGAAAUACUUCAAAGUGGUGUGACAUUUUAAAAUGACAGUAUAGGCUAAUUCAGUGUAAAUCCCAGGGCUACUGAAUCUAUUUGAAAAUCAGAGUGUUUUUAUAGGUGAAAGAAUUCCCUUCAUUUGGAUUUGAAAACUAUUUUAGGGGGAUAAUACUGUUUGAUGUAUAUGCUGGCUUUUAUUUGACUGUGCUCUCACAGGACUGUUGGUGUACUAGACGAAACAAAUCAGGGAAAAAGGCAACAAAUGUUUACCAAACUUACAUUUGAACCCAUCCAGCCAAAUGCUUCCCCCUUAAUCAUUAUACAAGUCAGGUGUACAUUGCAUUUAGAAAGCAGCCUUGGUGCACUGUAUGCAGUCAGGGAGAUAUAAUUUUCUGAUUACAUCAAAACAUGAUUAUAUAUUGUCAAAUCAUCUAUUUUAGAAUAACAUAUUGAAGCCAAUGAUGUCGUAAAAGCCUUGAUAAUUUGUGUAUGAUAGAAUUUUGUCUUUUGUUAAGUUUCAUCUUUUUGGCUUUUGUUCUUUCUUUAAUUAUUGUUUAUUGUGUCUGGCUAAAAGAACCCUUGUAUCAUUAGCUAAUCAGUGCAUGCUGGGCUUCUGUUAGAUUUCCUUCUUUCACUCUCAUUUACAAUAUUAAGUUAUUUUAUCCAUAGAAGCAGUUCAUUUGUUAAGCGAGUUCCAUGUAUCAAGUAUGAACUAAUAAAGUCUUUGAAAACGA